ACACACACACACACACACACACACACACACACACAUAUACACACACAUAUACACACAAAUCCUCCUCAAAUCCUCACCUAAGCUUUUAGUAUAUCCAGAUCCACAUCUUCACUCAAGCCGGGAGAGGGAAAGAGGAAAGGGGGGGAGGAAAAAAAAAGCCAACAACUUAGCGGAAACUUCUCAGAGAAUGCUCCAAAACUCAGCAGUGAUUCUUGCGCUGGUCAUCAGUGCUGCUGCAACGCACGAGGCGGAACAGAAUGACUCUGUGAGCCCCAGAAAAUCCCGGGUGGCGGCUCAAAAUUCAGCUGAAGUGGUUCGCUGCCUCAAUAGUGCCCUGCAGGUUGGCUGCGGGGCUUUUGCAUGCCUGGAAAACUCCACGUGUGACACGGAGGGGAUGUACGACAUUUGUAAAUCCUUCUUGUACAGUGCUGCUAAAUUUGACACUCAGGGAAAAGCAUUUGUCAAAGAGAGCUUAAAGUGCAUCGCCAAUGGGAUCACCUCCAAGGUUUUCCUUGCCAUUCGGAGGUGUUCUACUUUCCAGAGGAUGAUCGCCGAGGUGCAGGAGGAGUGCUACAGCAAACUGAAUGUUUGCAGCAUCGCCAAGCGCAACCCGGAAGCCAUCACUGAAGUCAUACAGCUGCCUAACCACUUCUCCAACAGAUACUACAACAGACUUGUCCGGAGCCUUCUGGAAUGUGACGAAGACACGGUCAGCACAAUCAGGGACAGCCUGAUGGAGAAGAUUGGGCCCAACAUGGCCAGCCUCUUCCACAUCCUGCAGACAGACCACUGUGCCCAGACACACCCAAGAGCUGACUUCAACAGGAAGCGCACAAAUGAGCCACAGAAGCUGAAAGUCCUCCUCAGGAACCUCCGAGGUGAGGGGGACUCUCCCUCCCACAUCAAACGCACCUCCCAUGAGAGUGCGUAACCAGGGAGAGGUAGUCACAGCCUCACCAAACUAAUAGCAUUUUAGGGGUGUCGACACACCAACAUUGAGUGUACUGUGCCUGGUUUGAUUUUUUUUUUUUAAGUAGUCCCUAUUUUCUAUCCCUCCCUUAAAAGAAAAAUUGCAUGAAACUAGGCUUCCGUAAUCAAUAUCCCAACAUUCUGCAAUGACAGCGUUCUUCCCAAUGCAAUACAUGGGAUCAUUCUGCCUCUCUUUGAGAGAAUGCAGCCUUUUUCAUCCCCUCUCUCUAUGAAUUCUUUUCCCAGAUCCCUACCAACUCUCCUCAAAUACAAAAGCGUUCAUGUAACUGCCCAGUCAUUGUAAUCUGAAGAUGUAGAGCCCUUUAGAAUGGUCACCGAGUAGAAUUAGCCAAUACAAAAACAACUUUAUUUAAAUGCAUGUCUUUAAUGCUCAUAAAUAUGUUAAAUGGAAUUCGUGUUAUGAAUCUGUGCUGGCCAUGGACGAAUAUGAAUGUCAUGUUUGAAUUCUUGAUCUCUAAUGAGUCUUAUGGUCUCUCUCCUCCAAUGUCUAAUUUCCUUUCUGACAUAUUUACCAAAUUGCUCAAACCUGGUUCUCUAACCAGACUUUGAGCCAGCAUCUUCUUGCAUCUAAUGAAAAACAAAAAGCUAACAUCUUUAUGUACUGUAACUGCUCAGAGCUUUAAAAGUAUCUUUAACAAUUGUCUUAAAAACAGAGAAUCUUAAGGUCUAACUGUGGAAUAUAAAUAGCUGAAAACUAUUGUACUGUACAUAAAUUCCAGAGGACUCUGCUUAACAGAGCAGUCUAUGAGAACUUUAUUGCAUAUAGAUUUAGUUUUGUACCUUAGCUUUAUUUUCCUUUUCCUGGGAAUGGAAUAACUAUCUCACUUCCAGAUAUCCGCGUUCAUGCUCCUUGUGGCCUUUUUUUAUAACUAAGGGGGUAGAAGUAGUUUUAACUCAACAUCAGAACUUAAGAUGGGCCUAUAUGAAUUAGGAAAACCCAACAGGUUAUCUGAAGGACCCCAGGUAAGACGUUAAUCUCCCAGCCCACCUCAACCCAGAGGCUACAUUUGACUUAGAUAUAUCCUGAAACACCUCUGUCACAUCCAACUGGGAAUUACAGGAACCAAAAAAGAUCAUCCCUUUGGGCUUGGACCAC